AUGAAGGAAGAAGCAGAAACCUCCAGAGAUACCCCCGAUGGCUCGACUGCCGGUGACGAGUCGAAGGCCAGUCUUGCUUCGAAGGAUCGCAAAUGCCAGUACUGCCACCAGGCCUUUACUUCUUCAUCACUGGGUCGACACCUCGACCAAUUCCUUUUUAAGAAGAAACCCGAUGGAAUCCACGAUGUCGAAGAGAUCAGACGAAUUCGCAGCGGAAUCACCCGGCGCCAGGCUCGAACAUCUACAGGGAAGAACGAAGGCAGUCCUGACCGAAGCCAGAAAAAGGGAGCUGCAGAGCCGUUUGCAGCCGCAGACUCGGGAUCGAAGUCGCGCGAGACUCCGGUGCGCAUGAUGUUUAACACACCCACCUGGCACGCGACGGGGGUGAUCAAUGAUAUUCCCAACCCCAGUCGCAUGCCGGAUGGUCCUCGAAUUGCGCCAUCGCAGUCUCGGACAGGGUCGCUACAGCUACCGGACUAUUCCAGUAGAGGUGCUAACUCCACCAACCCGGAUACGAUGCGGGCACUGGAGCUUGCACUGCGCGAGGUGCUUGACAAUAUCAAAGCUGCGAGCCUGUUUGCAACACAUCCGUUUCCCUCGUCUACUUCGUUUCCCCUCCAGCCUCCCGGCGCCGAGCACCUCGAUAUAAUCCGCCAAGCCCUUCGCUCUAAGGUCGCCCAAUGGCAAACCGACCAACUCGCAGUAGACUCGACUGCUGCGCCGCACAUGAGACAUGGGAAUAGCGGGGUGGAUCAAAACAUGAUUUACCGGAGUGCACAACAGCACGAGGAUAUCAGUUUCCGACACUUAGAAUUGGCCUUCAAUCAUUGGAAUGCUCUGUCCCACGAGACCCGUCGCGACGCGUGGCAAUUGGAGAUCACACGCGCAUUUGCGCGAGAGGUAGAGAAGCGCAAGUCUUCAGACGAGCAACUUGCUCGAGUGCAACAGGAAGCAAACCAGCUGCGUGCACAGGUCGAGCGCCUCGGGUCAUGCCAAUGGCCUCACGCACAAGAAAGCCACAUCAGUGCCGACUCUACGCGAUGGGACUACGACAACGUGGUCGCCAAAUGGAAACGUGUUGUUAUGCACGACAAGGCCAUAGGUCGAGUCGGGGUUGGUUAUGGGAAUCCCAGUCCGCUGGGUGAUCCAGACCAAAGUCAGUCUCACCAAAGCCCUGAUGUCCGGCCUCCACGCCCAGGUGAAGACACCACCUCUCAUCCAAAUCGUUUGCGCCCCUUGCAAUCUGCUACGGCCUUGAGCCCAGACGCUGCGGCUGCUUCCACCCCUGCUUCAUCAACCCACUAUGCUUCACCCCACUCCUUUGCAGAUCCUCGCAGCCCGCCCGGUGGUGGUCUACCUGGUGGCAUGCCACAAGUCGGUGGGCUGCCUCCAGCUAAGCGACAGCGCCUCAUGAAUGGCUCAGAAGACCCAUCUGGUCCCUCGUCCGAUCCUGGCCAUGCUCCGCCUUCUGCGGCAGGUAAACCUUGGGGAUCUUCCACACCCCAUUUGUCCAAUCUUGCUGCACCCUCGGGGCAGACGCCCCCAUCCUCGUCCACCAGGAAUUAA